AUGCACCCUUUCCUUUUCUGUCACUUUGUUAACAAAUUUCACAAAAUCUUGAUUAAUCAUUCAAUGGGGUGGUUGCUUCUGUUUUUUUAUCUUUUUUUCUUUCAUUUUCCAUCAUUCUCUUCUUCUUUCAGUUUCUUAUGUCAUCGUGAUGAGAGUUCCGCUUUGCUUCAGUUCAAGUCCUCAUUCCUUAUAAGUAGUUAUUGUGAUGAAUCUCUUAUGAAAACAGCAACAUGGAAAAAUGGGAGUGAUUGUUGCUCAUGGCAUGGGGUCACUUGUGACACUAUCUCUGGUCAUGUCAUUGGUCUUAACCUUGGUGAUGAUUGCCUUACCGGUGGUAUAUUACAUCCCAACAAUACCCUUUUCCAUCUUUCUCAUCUCCAAACACUCGACCUUUCUGGCAAUGAUUUCUCCCACUUCCAUUUUCAUUCUAUGUUUGCGAGUCUUACGAGUCUUACACAUCUUGACUUGUCUGCAUCUUCCUUUGAAGGUGAUGUUCCUCCUCAAAUCUCACACCUUUCUAAAUUAACAUCACUUCGUCUCUCUUACAAUCGUGAGUUAAUCUGGAAAGAGAGCACUUUGAAGAGACUUGUGCAAAAUGCAACAAAUUUAAAGGAGUUGUUUUUGGCUGACACAAAUAUGUCUUCAAUAAGACUAAACUCCUUUGAUUUGCUCUUCAAUCAUUCUUCCUCUUUGGUUACUCUAGAUCUUACAUCCACAGGAUUAAGGGGAAGCUUCAAACAAAGCAUUCUCUGCUUACCAGGUAUUCAAGAACUUUAUAUGUCAAGUAAUGACUUUAGAAGUCAGCUUCCAGAGUUGAGUUGCAGUAACUUUCUCAGAAUUUUGGAUUUUUCAUUUAAUGGUUUUCAAGGACCUAUUCCUCCAUCGUUUUCUAAUUCUUCCAUUCUCACUUCUCUAGAUUUCUACGCAAACUCUCUUAACGGUUCAAUUCCAUCCUCACUUUUAAUUCUUCCACGUCUAACUUCGUUGAUUCUCCCUCACAAUGAUCUUAGUGGUCAAAUUCCAAAUGUAUUUCACCAAUCAAAUACAUUUCAAGAACUAGAUUUGAGUUAUAACAAAAUUGGAGGUGAGCUUCCAAUAUCACUUUCAAACCUUCAUCACCUCACUAGAUUAAGCCUUUCUUCCAAUUCAUUUAAUGGUCAGAUCCCAGAUGCGUUUGGUGGGAUGGCCAAACUGCAAGAACUCUAUCUAUAUUCAAACAAUUUUGAAGGACAACUUCCUUCUUCAUUAUUUACCUUGAAUCAACUUGUAACAUUAGAUUCUUCAGAUAAUAAAUUAGUGGGUCCCUUAAUCAACAAAAUCUCAGGGUUUCAAAAGCUAACUUAUUUAAUUUUGGAUAACAACUUGUUAAACGGAACAAUUCCUUCCUCCCUGUUAUCUUUGCCUUGUUUGAAAAGGUUAUCUCUAAGAAACAAUCGAUUUACAGGGCAUAUAAGUGCAAUCUCAUCGUAUUCGUUAAAAGAACUUGAUCUAUGCUAUAAUAAGCUACAAGGCAGUAUUCCAAAAUCAAUUUUCAACCUUUCAAACCUAACUACACUAUGUCUAGCAUCUAACAAUUUGAGUGGUGUUGUUGAUUUUCAACAUUUUUUCAAACUUCAAAAUUUGACUUAUUUGUCUCUUUCAUAUAAUAGUCAAUUGUCACUAGACAUUGAAACCAAUGAUGUCGAUUACAAUUUUUCUCAAUUACAAAAAUUAGAAUUGUCAUCUUUAAAUUUGAAUCAACUUCCCAAAUUCAUAGGAAAACUCCCAUAUUUGUAUUCUCUUGAUAUGUCCAAUAACAGAUUUACUGGAAGAGUGCCCAAUUGGUUACUUGAAAAAAUGAAUGAUCAAGGAUAUUUGAACCUCUCUCAAAACAUGUUCACAUCAAUAGAUCAAAUCUCAACAACUAGUUACCAGCUCAGUUCCCUUGAUCUUAGUUUUAACUUACUACAAGGUGAACUUUCUGCCUCCAUUUGCAACAUGAGUUCACUAAAAUUUCUCAAUCUUGCACACAAUAAAUUGACAGGCAAUACUUUUAGCGGUCCUUUACCAAAAGCCUAUGUUGAACGGUUUGAAUCCAUGAAAGUUAAUGAGGAUGGCAGUUUGUCAUAUAUAAAAUCAUCAGUGUUUGAUGGCUAUGUAAGUUUCACAUUUGCAACGGAAUUAGAUGUAUAUAAGAGUUACUAUGAUUCCAUGACUGUGACAUUGAAAGGAAUCGAUAUACCAAUGGUAAAAAUUCCAACAAUCUUUGUAAUUAUUGAUUUGUCUAGAAACAUGUUUGAAGGAGAGAUUUCAAAUGUUAUUGGUGAGCUUCAUGGACUCGUAGGGCUUAACCUUUCUCAUAACAGACUCAUUGGUCAUAUUCCGCAAUCCAUGGGAAACUUGACAAACUUGGAAUGGUUGGAUCUCUCCUCAAAUAUGUUGAUUGGAAACAUGGGGUUAUGCGGAUUUCCGUUGUCAAAGAAAUGUGGACCUGAACAACUUUCUCCACCUUCUUCCAACAACUCUGAGAGUGAAGAGAAAUUUGGAUUUGGAUGGAAACCAGUGGCAAUAGGAUAUGGGUGUGGAUUUGUGUUUGGAAUAGGCCUUGGAUAUUUCAUGUUUUUAUUUGGAAAGCCAAGAUGGCUUGUGAUCAUAUUUGGUGGCCAACCAAAGAGAAGAGUGAGAAGAACAGCAGGAGUGAGGAGAACCAAUGGUUCAACCAUGAAUCAAAUGAUACAAAUGUCAUAG